AUGAAGUCGCCGGUAGAAACCCGGGACAGCUCCCUUUACUGUAAGUUGGAUGUGGGACAUGAAACAAAAGAUUGCAAGAGUCUGCGUAGAGCUCUUGAUGGAUUAGCCGCCAAAGGAUUUCUGGAAUCAUAUCUCAGCUCGAGCACAGGGGGAAGUGGUAAAAAGUUCUACAAGAAAAGUAAGUCACCGUCAUAUCGACGUGAUGACAAUGACACUGAUCCAGAAAUUGUAGCUGUUAUCUCAGGGGGCCUAGCCGCUGGGGGCCCAACAAUGAGAGGUCAAAAGGACUAUACAAGCCGGUUGGGGGGCAAGAUAGCCACUCCUCAUGACGACCCCUUGGUUAUUGAGCUGAAGGUAGCAAACCUCAAAGUAAGGCGUAUGCUAGUAGACACGGGGAGUUCGUCAGACAUUAUCAGCACAACUUGUCUAAAUCGUCUUGAGCAUGAUCCUAAGACAAUUGAAAAGAUACAUUAUCCGAUCAUUGGAUUCGGAGGCGGCAUAAUUCAUCCCCAAGGGAUAAUCACUCUGCCCCUACGAGUAGGAGGUCGGCAUCAAAGUAAGAACUUAAACGUCCGAUUUCUAAUUGUGAAAGACCUCACCGCUUACAAUAUCAUAUUGGGCCGCCCAACUUUGAAUCAGGCCAAAGCAGUGGUCGUCACUCAUCUUAUGCUCAUGAAAUAUGUCUGUGAUAAAGGCCAGGUCGGCACUAUUCAUGGUGAUCAACAGCUAGCAAGAGAUUGUUAUCUCACUACGCUAAGUCCCGAGGCUUGGGGGAAAAUUGACGAAGCGAGAGCAAGCUCAAAAAGAAAGCUAGACGAGAUAGAGGAGAAAGUCAAGAAAGAAACCUUUACCAUUGCCACGGCUCACAUGGAGGCAAGGAGACCUGAGCCGAUUGGUGGACAUUAUGAAAUCAUUCUUGAUGGAGCGCGUCCAGAUAGGACGGUGCCAGUAGGAGUCUCUCCGGACGAUCAGCUUGGGGCACAUUUGGUCACUCUCCUGAGAGAGUUCCAGGACAUCUUUGCUUUUGUUGUGGAGGAGAUGCCGGGCAUUGAUCUAAGUAUAGCCGUCCACAAACUCAACGUAGAUGAGUCCUUAAAACCUGUUCGUCAAAAGAAGAGAAAUCAUGGGGAAGCAAGAAACAAAGCCGCGGCUGAAGAAGUUCGGAAGUUGUUAGAGGCUGGGUUCAUUCGGCCAAGUCAAUAUCCGGAUUGGGUAGCAAAUGUAGUGUUGGUUCCAAAGCCUAAUAAGUCAUGGAGAAUGUGUGUGGACUACACGGAUUUAAACAAGGCCUGUCCAAAAGACAGCUUCCCUCUGCCCAAAAUAGAUCGGUUGGUAGACUCGACAGCCGGUCAUGCUAUGAUGUCCUUCAUGGACGCCUAUUCAGGUUUUCAUCAGAUUCCCUUGUGGCCAGAAGACCAGGAAAAAACGUCAUUUGUUACUGAGCAAGGCUUGUACUGCUAUAAAGUGAUGUGGUUUGGCUUAAAGAAUGCGCCGGCCACAUUUCAGCGUCUAGUCAACACUGUCUUCUCUAAUCAGUUGGGACGAAACAUCGAAGCCUACAUUGAUGAUAUGAUAGUAAAAAGCAAGCAACGUGAAGAACACCUGGCUGACUUGAGAGAAACUUUUGAGACGCUCCGAAAAUAUCAGAUGAGGUUAAAUCCAAAGAAGUGUGUUUUUGGAGUAACGGCUGGGAAGUUCUUGGGUUUCCUUAUUGAUGAAAGGGGAAUUGAGGCCAACCUUGAUAAAGUACAAGCAGUAAUAGAUAUGACGUCGCCAAAGUCAGUGAAAGAAGUCCAACGUCUGACUGGAUGUCUAGCGGCCCUGGGACGGUUCUUAUCAAGAGCAGGUGACAAGUGUCCCUAUUUCUUCGGCACAAUCAAGAAGAAGAGCAAAUUUGAAUGGACCGAAUCGGCAGAAACUGCCUUAGUUCGGUUAAAGGAACAUCUCCACACUUUACCCCGGCUGGUCAGUCCACUUCAAGGAGAAACUUUGUAUGUACAUCUGGCCAUCUCCGAGUGGUCCUUGAGUGUUGUGUUGUUGACGGAAAGGGAGGGAGUGCAACUCCCCGUCUAUUUUGUGAGCCACGUCCUGCAAAAUGCCGAGCUGAGAUAUCCUCCAAUUGAGAAUUUUGCACUUGCGUUAUUUAUGGCAAGUAAAAAGCUGCGUCCUUACUUUCUGGCACACAAACUAGUGGUAUACACAGACCAGCCAUUGAAACAACCGCUUACUAAGCUAGACGCUGCUGGGCGAAUGCUAAAAUGGGCAAUUGAGCUGAAUGCAUUUGACAUCUCAUAUGAACCGCGAAAGGCUAUCAAGGGACAAGCAUUUGCCGAUUUCAUUGCAGAAAUGACGAGGCCAACUUUUGAGAAGAAUGUGGUGACCCGUUGGACGGUAUAUGUAGAUGGGUCAUCCACCCAGAACGGAUGUGGAGCCGGCAUAAUAUGCCAAUCCCCCGAAGGAGACAAGUACGAGUACGCCAUGAGGUUUAACUUCCAAACUUCAAACAAUGAGGCCGAAUAUGAAGCUUUGCUAGCCGGCAUAAAAAUGUGCAAAGUUGCCGGAGCUCAAGAGAUACUUGCUCUUUCUGAUUCACAGCUCAUUGUAAGUCAAGUAAACGGAGACUACGAGGCAAGAGAUCCCAACAUGAUCAAAUACAUGCAAGCUGUGCGUCAAGAAAUAGAACAUUUGAAGAGUUUCGAAGCUAAGCAGAUUCCCAAAACAGAGAACAAUCAGGCUGAUGCCCUGUCUAAACUAGCUAGCUCAGCUUCCUGUGACACUUCGCGUCAUGUGUUUUGGGAAGUGAAAGAAAUACGAAGCAUUGAACAAGAGUUGUGCACUCUUGUGGUAGCCAUCCUUGACCGGUCAUCAACUUGGAUGGACCCCAUCAUUGCAUAUAAGGUAGACGGCUCACUUCCAGACGACUCAAGUCUAGCCGCCACAAUUCAGAAGAGAAGUUCUUGGUUUGAAUGGUGGAAUGGAGUUUUGUAUAAAAAGUCAUUUUCCAGACCCCUCUUGCGGUGCGUCACUCCUGAGAAGGGGAAAGAAAUUAUGGACGACCUGCAUCAAGGAUUGUGUAGCUCCCAUAUUGGAGGACGAGCUUUAGCUGAAAAAGCCCUGCGAACUGGUUAUUACUGGCCCACUUUGAGAGAAGACGCCCUGGCCAUGGUGCAGAAGUGUGACAAGUGCCAAUGA